GCGUUUCUGUUUCUCUCCGGUACUUCAUGGCUCUUUUGAAUUUGAUGACCCCCUCUUCAUUUCAGCAGGGGGAGGGGGACUGCCAUUGCCAUGCCGGCCAGCUGGUGAUCCAGGAGACCAGGGACGCAUUGGCCGAUUGGCGCCGGUGCGGUGAUCCAUGCCAUGGCUCAUCCAUGACCUGUAUGUGGACUGUGGUCUCCUCCGUCCAAUUCCCCGCCUGCAUCUGCAUGCGAACUCCUUCUCCUCCCGUUCCGUUUUGUGAAUGACGGUGUGUUGUCAGCUCAUAUAAUCUCUCCCUUCUUUCUAUCACAAAUAAAGUAUAGACAAAAUAUGCACUAAAUAAAUCUAAAGGUGGGUGUAGAUAUUUAAAUAGUGUAGUAUAUUUCAAGAAGUUUGAAAUGACAUCCAAAUAUGCACACUGCUGCAAAAAUAUCCAAAAUAUAGAAAACAGUAUGAAAAAAAUAACAAAACUGCAGUGCAUGUGUACUACAAGACAGAUUUAGUGGGUGUUUGACUUGUAGUGCGCAUGCAUCUAAAUUUUGUUAUUUUUGCAUGAUUUUUUAUAUUGUUUGAAUCUUAGUGUUUGAGACAAAGUAUAUAUAUCGAUGCACUAUGUAUAUGCACUGUUUCAGAAACAUUCAAAAGACAGAAGUAUGUUAUUAUUUUUUUUAAAAAAAGAUUGUAUAUUUGCACUACAUAUUUUGCCAACUAUAUAUACUCGAGUAUAUAGAAGAAAUUUCCCAACGUAAGGUGUAAUGUGAUGUGGCUCUCCUAAAGUAAGAACCUAUGGACAGAGCUAUAGCUAGGUGGCACGUUGGAUAGACCACUCUAGGAUUUGUAGAAGAACUAGAGUGAUUAUGCUGUCUAGCUGUAUAUUGCGAAGAUUGCAUACACUCGGCUAUACCUUGUCCUCAUUACAUCUACGGCUACAUCACCAGAACCACGUGCUACCAACUUUAUAUAUAAUAACCUCCAUCAUUAUAAAAGUAUUCCAUUUGUGUAUUGCUGUGCUGGUUAAAUUUUCUUAAAUUUCAUUAAGUUAUAGAAAAUGUAAAUAAUAUUUGUAUUUCUAAGUAAGUUUAUUAUAAAAAAAGAUUCAACAAUCUAUCUAAUGAUAUUAAUUAUAUAAUGUAAAAGUAAAUAUUUAGUUGUUAAAGUUAAAAAUAUUUAACUCCUCAGAAAGCGAUAACAAAACCUAUUUUGAGACAAAGGGGUUAGGCAUCACAGAGGGAGCAUAUAAUAUUUUUUCACAAUUAUUCCUAAAAGAGGCAUGCCAUAAGUAGUUUCUUGAAAAAAUACCAUGAAAUCGCAACAAUUUUAAAGGAUGUGAUGAAUCGAUGUCAAUAUCUAUAAUAUCUGCUAUUUCGCAUAUUAUGAUUGUCUAUGUAUAUACGUGAGCGUUGUGUACUGUGAUUUUUGAAACAAAUAAAUGAAAACUAUGACGAAAGGAGCAUAUUACGGUCCAAUUUUAUUACAGAGGAGUAUAAUUGGUAUGUAAUGCAAUCACAAAGGUUAAGAUAGAAAAUCAGAGGAAAGGAGAGGGCGAAAGAGCAAAAAGAGAAGAAAUCGAAACCGAAGACAAAAGGCACAACUACUCCUUCCAUUCUCGUCUCCGUCUGCGCCUGCGCCUCCAUCUCAUCACGCCCCCGCCUUCCGCGCCGCGCCGCGCCGCCUCUCUUCACGCGCUUUCCAAAUCCCGGCGCCGCUUUCCAUCACCGCCUCCCCGCGCGCCGCCAUACUUCCCCCCGUCGCCGAACCCGAGCCGGACACGCACGCAGCACGCCCUGCCGCCGUCCGUACCCUGUAUAUAAUGGACGCCGACGAGCCACCGGAGCCCGCCGUAUCCGCACGCCUCCACCGCCUCUGGAGCUAGGGAUUUCUCCCUCGCGCGCGGCAAUGGGCUGCACGACCUCCCACGACGCCUUCGCCGCCGCGGUCACCUCCUCCAGCUCCCGGGCCAGGGCGCGCCGCGCGUCCGCGUCCGCGUCCGGAGGAGACCCCGCCGCGCUGUGCCGCGAGCGCGUGGCGCUCAUCCGCGCCGCCGCCGACAGCCGGUACGCGCUUGCCGCCGCGCACGCCGCCUACUUCCGCUCGCUCGUCGCCGUCGGCGACGCGCUCCGGCGCUUCGCGGCGUCCGCGCUCGCGCCCGCCACACCCGGGUCCUCCUCGCCGGUGCUCACGCUCCCGCCUUCCCCCGCCAAGCCGGUGGCCACCGUGUCCGCCAGCCUCCCGCCGUCGCCGUCGUCCUCGUCGUCCUCCACCGUCUCGCCGCUCUCGCACUCCCUCUCCGACGACGACCUCCAUCUUCAUGACCUUGACGACACCAGACACGGAGGCGGCGUUGGCGGGAGCGAGGAGGCGUCGACGUCGACGUCCACGAGGUACCACCGCCACUUCAUGAGGAGAUCGUCCACCGUGCCCACCGUGGUGUACGAGGACCCCGACGCUCAGACCCAGUACACCACAGCCGGGACCAGCUAUGGAUACGCCUACGGCGACGGCGACGGCCACGCAUACGGAGACGGCUACGGCUACGGCUACAGCUACGGGUCGGCGUACCCGUACGGACCCUACGGCGAGGUAAUUGCGGGAGAGACCCCGGAGGCCGCGCCGAGGCAGCCUGGGCCGCCGCCUUCGCCCCCGACCGCGGAGGCCUCGCCGUGGGAAUUCUUGGACCCGUUCGCACAGUACGACCAGUUCAUGGAAGACUACGCUGGCGGGAAUCUGCCAACCAACAGCCCCAACUGCGCCGAGCUGAGGAGGAUGGAGGGGAUCCCGGAGCUUGAGGACGAGGCCGAGUUAGAGAGGAAGGCGGAGAAAUCCAAGCCAUUGACGUCCGGGGUUUCUGAUCUGAACAUCAAAGGGAAGGGACCAAUUCAAGACAAUGCCGCUUCGAACGGCGAUUUUUCUGGUGACAGCAAGCUGCAGAAGAAUGCCACUUCAAAGGGUGAUUCUCCUGGGGGCAAACUGCAGAGGGAUGCCACUUCAAUCAGCGAUUCUUCUGGUGGCAAGCUGCAGAGGAAGGGAUCGGAACCACAACCACCUCCUGAUGGCAAGUUACAGAGGAAGGGCUCGGAGCCGGCUGCUGACCCCGAAGGCGAGGGAGGGAAACCAGGGUCUAGGAAUGAUUCCGUGCCAAGCAAUGCCAGCUCGAAAAGCAAAGAAGGGGGGAAGAAUACGGUGAGCCUGAAGGGCACAGUUAGCAGUGACAUUGAUGGCAGCAGCACCAGUGGGAAGAAGAAAGGUGUGGCCUUCGAAGCAGAGCAAUCCAUCAGACCAGCAGGAGGAGGUGGGGAGAGCCAUGGCAAGUCAAUCCAGUCGGUGGUGAGCAGCGAGCCAUUCUCGCCAUUGCAUCAUGGGACAAGGGAUGUCAGAGAGGCGAUUGAUGAGGUCAAGAAGCUAUUCGAUGACGCGGCAAACUGCAGCACAGAUGUCUCAAGGCUGCUGGAGGUGGGGAAAAUGCCUCCCCGUGACACCCCAAGAGUUGUUAGAUAUAUCUCUUCCAGAGUGAUAGAUCCGCUAGGCCUUACUGUGUCGACAUCGUCUUGCCUCCCGAAAUCACAUGGCAUGAAGUCAAGAGCAUCAAGCAGCAAGGCAAGCACUUCAGCUUCACCAGGUGCUGGCCGUAGCAAUGGUAUUGGCCAUCUCUCGUCAACUCUGGAUAAGCUGUGGUUCUGGGAAAAGAAGCUCUAUCAGGAAAUUAAGGAUGAAGAGAAGCUACGGAUGAAGUACGAGAAGUAUUACCGAAGGCUGAAAUCCAUGGAUGAACGAGGGGCUGAAUCAAGCACAAUUGACUCCGUCCGGUUGUCUGCAAGGCAUCUGGAGUCCAAGAUCAGCAUCAACAUAAGUACAGCUAAAGCCUUCUCAUUAAAGAUACAGCAGAUUCGAGAUGAAGAGCUUUACCCUCAACUGGUUGAUCUCAUCCAAAGGUUCAGAAGGUUGUGGAAAGCUGUUCUGGAAUGCCACGAGAAGCAGCUAUUAGCCAUACAGGACAGUAGAAUUCACCGGCUGAAGGCGAUGACUGUAAGCGAAUCUGGUGUGGAGGCCUCACGGGAUUUGGAACGUGAGCUCACGAAAUGGUAUCGUUGCUUCAACAAGUGGAUGAGCUUGCAAAGGUCUUGUGCUGAGGCGCUGAAUGAAUGGUUGAAGAAAUGGCUCCCUGAGGUGCCGGAGGAAGUCACAGCAGAUGGGGCCCCUCCUUUCUCACCAGGCAGGCUUGGCGCACCGCCUGUAUUCAUCAUCUCAAAUGAUUGGUUCCAAGCAAUCGAGAUGGUCUCCAAGAAUGAGAUGGUCUCCAAGAAUGAUGUGCUGAGAGCAAUCGACAAGUUCUCUAACGUCGUGCAUGAAUUCAAGAAGAGCCAGGAAGAUGAGCAGCGACAGAAGCGGAAAGCCGAUCACGCUUCCAAAGAUUACAACCGAAAGUGUAAGGAUUUGGAGGAAGAACUUGGUCUGAGUACCAUGGAGAAUCCUCGCUACAGCCAUGACAACCGUGUAAUGGACCUGGAAAAGUUGAGGAAAAGAAGAGACGAGGAGAGCACUAGGCAUGACAAGACCCUGAGUCAUGCUCACGUCGCAGCUUCAACUACUCUGCCUAUUGGUUUGGUCCCUGUGCUGCAACAUAUCACCAGUUUCUUUCAGAGAAAUCAACAGGUCUACAUGGAAAUCAGAAUCCAAGGCUCCUGAUGACACAUUUGAUUUAUAUAGUCGUAGUAUUGCAUUCUUUUGUAUAUAGAAUUACAGAUAUAUAUCAGAUGGGGUUUAGGCUUUUUGGCUCACACCACUCUUAUAGAAUGUAUACAUAAGUAGGUAGUAAUUCAUGGUAGGUCUAGGAGGACUACUAAUGAUGUAUUAUUGAUACACUUAGACCUAAUGAUUUGUCCAUUUGAGGCGUCCAACA